AUGAGCGUUUCUAUCCCCCCCUCACCAGGCGAGGAAACACCAGCAUUUGACCUCAACCUUCAACAUGGCCAUAAAGAUCUCGUCCAGGCCGUCGCAUUCAACACUUAUGGUGAUCGCUGCGCAACCGGCUCUGUAGAUGGCAAGAUCCGUGUCUUCAACCGCCACAAGGAUGGCACAUGGCGUCUUUGCGAUACCUGGACUGCGCAUGGCGGAGAGAUUCUAGAGAUUCAAUGGCUUCCUGCAACUGUGUAUCCCAACUUGAUCGCCUCCCUUGGCAUUGAGGGCUGGUUCCGACUCUGGGCCGAGGACCCUUCCGCUGCACCUGGUCGAAGAUUCUGCACUGGACGUGCUGGCAACGGAAAGCCAGCGUUUGAUACGCGAUCUAACAAAGCGCCCUACCGAUCAUUCUCAAUGAAGCACAAUGAAGAGACACGGCAUACGUACCUUGCUCUUCUAGCGACUGAUGGCCGUCUAACUGUAUACGAAAACGACCAGCCUGAGAAUCUUUCCGAAUAUGCGUCUAUCGACGAGUUUAGUGUUGCGCCAAAACCCAAUAGAGGUGAGGAGCUAGCAUUCCGUGUUCGCUUCGACCCGAAUCCAGAGCCAUGUUAUACAGCUCUGCGAGCUGGCGUACCUUCAGACUCCCUCGGCCUCGUUGUCGCUACAAUGGAUACUGUCAAGGUAUACCGAUCGCGAGAUAUCGUUGCAUCAUCCAUGGGCGUUCAGCAAACUCAAAAAGAAUUCUAUCUAGCGGUGGAAUUGUCUGGUCAUCGAGGCUUGGUACGGGAUGUAGCAUGGGCACCUGGGAACAUUAGAGGCUAUGAUGUUGUAGCAACGGCUUGUCAAGACGGUUAUGCACGUGUCUUCCGCAUCGAGACACCUUAUUCGGACGACGAUGGGAAAUCAUGGUCAGCAGCUGAUCUCCUGCGGUCUGCCCCUCAUUUAUCAACAAGAGAGUCUACACCUCAGUUGAGAACCAACGGAACAGCGACACCGACGGAGAAACAGGCAACGACACCACAACUUCAGCCCUCCCAUAGUUAUCACCAACAUCACAACUCCAGUCUCAGCGCAAGCCUCGCAAAGUCUGGCUCCCACAAUGAUCGACAAUGGUCGGGUCAGCCAGGCCAGGUCAAGCACAAGUUCGCAGAGAUAUCCAAGCUUGACAACCAUCGCACACCAGUAUGGCGUGUUGGUUUCGACGAUGAUGGCCACAUUUUGGGCAGCACCGGUGACGAUGGACGACUGCUAUGCUAUCGUCAGACGCCUAAUGGCGCAUGGGCCAAAAGCUCAGAGUUGGCGGUGCAGAAGGCACGUAUGGCCACUCCUUGA